CUUGUGGCACAACUACCAACACCUACACCUCUUCAUCGACAACAGCGGGAAGAAAGUAUUUUUCCACACUCACCAGAUUUAUCACCUGAUUGCGUUUUUUUCUUUCCCCCCAUUUUUUGUUCAUUUGCUUUUUCAGUCAAGAGGCCUUUAGGCUAAGAACAAAAAAGACAAGAUGAUCACUCUCUUUUCCUUUGCAUUGGUGGUCUGUGCAAGCAGUCUACAUGCCGAAGCACAAGAUGGUGGAUCAAGAACCAAGGUCUACGCCAACCUAGGUGACAAUAUCACUCUGCCCUGCAGACUGGAAGGUCAGUCCAGUUUGUUCGGGAACAGAAUCAAGUGGGCCAAACUUGAGGAUGACUCUUCAGAAACCAAUGUGCUCAUCUCCAUGGGGGCCCACAAGAAGACCUAUGGAAAUUUCCAGAACCGCGUUUACCUGUUGGAGGUGGAUGACAAUGAUGCUACCUUGGUUAUUACAGACCUAGAUCUUAACGACUAUGGCACAUACAGCUGCGAGAUCAUCAACGGCAUGAAUGACAAGAUUGUUGAAGUGGACCUUGAAUUGCAAGGGGAAGAUUCAUUUUCUUUCACAGGGGUUGUUUUCCCAUACUCCCCUCGUCUGGGGCGGUACAACCUCAACUUCCAAGAUGCUGAGACCGCAUGUCUGGAGCAGGACGCUGUGGUCGCCUCCUUCGAGCAGCUCUAUGGGGAAUGGAGAAAUGGGAUGGAUUGGUGCAAUGCUGGCUGGCUCAAUGACGGAACCGUGAAGUACCCCAUCACCAAACCCAGAGAGCCCUGCGGAGGCGUGAGGACCUCAGCUGGACUGAGAAACUAUGGCCGACGGGACAAGUCCAACAGCCGUUAUGACGUGUUCUGCUUCACAGCCAGCCUUAAAGGACGCUUUUACUAUCUGAUCCAGCCCAAGAAGCUGAACUUUGAUGAGGCCGUUAACACGUGUAAGAGAGAUGGAGCUGAGAUCGCAAAGGUGGGCCAUAUAUAUGCUGCCUGGAAACUGCAGGGAUACGACCGCUGUGAUGCCGGUUGGCUGGCUGACGGUAGCGUUCGUUAUCCGAUCUCCAGGCCUAGGAAGAACUGCAGUCCCACAGAGGCUGCGGUUCGCUUUGUUGGCUUCCCCGAUAAAAAGCAGAAGCUGUAUGGUGUCUACUGCUAUAAACCUCAGCCGUGAAGCUCUUCACGUCACAUCACCAGCCAAAGAGCAACAAUACACAGGUUUCCACUUCCACACUUAUGAAGGACUUUUUGCAUGAACUAGCCAUAACUGUGACAAUUAUAGAGAGGAUACUGUAAAGACCACACAUUCUCAAUAUUAACGUAAACAGUUAUUUUAUCUACCAUAUACAUUUUAUAUAGAUUGUACACCACAUGUAUGCACAACAAAUUGCAUUCAGAAAGGAUAUUCAGCUGGAAGGAAAUUUGAAGUCACAGCAUGUUGAUCAAAUCCCCUUUUAGUAGGUUAAGUGUGAGUUUGUCAAAAAUCUCCAUUGUGAUAUUGCAAUAAAAUAUUUAAAUAUUACUAAAUAGUAUAAACUUGACAGAAAGUUUUUGAAACUUGCCCAAACAGAAAAGCAAAGGCAUCGUAAAUGGACCUGACACCUUUCUUUUUCUAAAACACUUUUGUGAUCUUACUCAAAUGCUAAUUUCUUGGUGUAUUAAUUAAUGUUCUGAACUGUGAUCUUAUUUUAUCUGUUGAAAUAUAAAAUGAAUGUGUUUGGCCUGUUGUGUUACAAGGUUUUAUAUUCAUAACUAAUUAUAUUGUUUAAUUGUAACACUCAUUCCUCAUGUCUACUCUUUGUUUGAAAUAUUGUGAUGUAUUUUCUUACCUAUCUAAUCAUGAGAAGCUUGUUAUUUUUCAGUUCUUAUCUUUGAUGGCCUUGAAGUUUUUAAAAACUGUUUAAAUGUGUCUGUCCCUGCAUAGAUUUUGACAAGUAUUUCAUCACAAACAGUAACAGAAUUUGACAGACUGCUAAUGAUGAAUUUAACUUUGUUAUAUGGCAGAGAACUACAAAGAUAAUUUACACUGAGCGAUUAUUUUAGGACCCAGUUGUAUAUUCAACUAACUUCAAGACUAACUUGAGCCUGCUUAAGUGUAGAUAUGAAUAAGUCUAAUAUUGUAAUGCUGUGAGAAAGAGGUACAGCACUAAAAGCCAUGUACAACAUCAUGCCUAAGUUUGAUUCUAACAGUAACCUUGGAAUGUUGUGACAGGCAUAGUGUGGACGACUUUAGAUAAUGAGAUCUGUUUACUGAUGAACGAAACAUCUAUUACUUGCCACUUUGUAAUGAUAUAUGUUGUUUAUGAGAGGGGAAAAGAUUCUCCACUUAAUAACUCCACAGUGCACAUAAGUGACAUUUUGCUUGAUUUUGUCUUUUUUUUUAUGCACAAAAUUUCUUUUUUUGAAAAAUCUGAAAUGCAUUGUAUGGUUUAUGAAUCAAAGCACAUUUUAAAUGAAAAAUAAAAACCCAUUAAAACA